CGCUGUCUUCCAACAUGGGCAUCACUGACGCGAAGCUGGAGAAAGAAAAGAAUGAUAGCAUGGCCAGGAUUGCCAGAGGCGAAGAUGCGAACACCUUCGCCCUCACCAGCAUGACCAGGGUUAUGAAAGUUUCCAAGUAUUUCAGGGACGCAACGAGCAGAUGGCAGAUUGGCGCACUACUGAUUGGAUGCGCUCAGAUCGAGAAGCUCCAUUGGCAAGUGCUUGGCAGCACCGCAGAGAACAGGCGCAAGGCGAACCUGACCGACCUGGUCGACCCGCAGGUGAGCAUCACCGGUCAGUCCCAAGCCCAGCUGCUACGAUUGCUGCAGGAGUGGAACUUGUCAGACGCGAGUCCAUGGCGGCUGCUCGCGUUCCUUGGUUUGCAGGAUCUUCGUGCCGCAGAUGUCCGAGCUUACUCGAGGAGCCUGGUGCUAUCGGUCAGUUGCAGUCUGUUCCAGCGUCUAGAGGCCCUCGUGGGAGCGACCACCGCGUUGACGCCGAAUGUUCGGCAUGCUACCUGGCCCUACAAGCUGCAGUGGCUCAUAUCUCCGAACGUUUCUGAUGGAGACAGGGCGGGCGCUAUCCAGGAGUUCCUCGAUGCGAAUGACUGCUGCAUCGGGCCUUUUGGGCGCACGUUCAGGCGUCGCUUCCCCUCGCGCAGCGCGCUGCUCAGCCGCGAGGCUGCGGCGGCGAUAUUGUUCUGGCAGAGGGGGCUGUUGUUCACGACGGCCCCCGCCGAGUGCGAGCACAAGGCGAUGAAGGGGGAGAUGGCGACCAGCACCACGGGGUUGGCGCAUGGCCCAGUUGUUUGGCGGGCAGUGUGUCGGCACUUGGGGAAGGCCCACGAGAUCAGGGGCGGGUCGUCGUGCUCGUUGCCGCUCCGACGCUCUGUUCCAGAGGCGCAGGCCGUGCUCGGCCAAGAGAGGGGCAUGCCCAUCUGCGACUGCGCGGGUCCGCGCGCCGAUCCCCUUCAGCUGGAUGACCGCCCUGCAGAUGCGGCGGGGGACGGCGAUUCGGCCGACGAUGGCGACCAGCGCGACGGCGUCGACUUGGAGGAGCUAGUCAAGGGCGGCAACCCGAAGAUGGCCUACUCGAACCGCCAA